AUGAUUAUAUCAAUUUUUUCCAUUGUGGUUUUCCUGCUGUCCAUUGACAUCAAGGCUUACUCCCAGCCUGGCGCAUGUGAUGGCAGUUGCUUCUCCCAUGACCCUUCCUUGAUUCAACACACUGAUGGCACUUGGUUCCGUUUCAAUACCGGUAAUGGGAUCGGUAUAUGGAAGGCACCCGCUCUUCAUGGGCCAUGGACAUACGUUGGUGAUGCCUUGAAGGGUGGAUCGGUGACACAGAUAGCAGGACGCGGUGACCUCUGGGCACCGGAUGUAACUCGUGUUGGUACAAUGUACUACAUGUACUACGCAGUUUCCCAAUUCGGCAAAAAAAACUCGGCGAUCGGCUUCGCCACAAGCUCAACGAUGGAGGCAGGGUCAUGGACAGAUCAUGGGGGCAUAGGUGUAGAAUCUUCCGACAGCUCCCGCUACAACGCAAUUGAUCCCAGCCUCCUAGUAUCUGGAAAUGACUACUACCUGGUCUUUGGAUCCUGGAACCAGGGUAUCUACCAAGUAGCCAUGGAAUCUCCUCCAAACAGAAAAACCGGGUCUAGCUCUUCGAACCAUCUGGCGUACGUCUCUCGCGCGCCUCAUACCGGGGAAGGACCAACAAUGUUCCAUCACGAUGGAUGGUAUUACCUUCUAUAUUCCUCCGGCAUAUGUUGCGGGUACCAGAACAAGAAGCCGGCUCCUGGUGACGAGUACAAAAUCGUUAUGUGCCGUAGUAAUUCGCCUACAUCCGGGUUUCAUGACAAGGCUGGUGUUGACUGUUUGGUAGGCGGAGGAACAACGCUACUAGAGAGUCAUGAUAAUGUUUACGGUCCCGGUGGACAAGGCGUGAUUGACACCCCCGAUGGCCUCCUUCUGUACUACCACUACACCAACCCUCAACGUGGCAUUGCGGACGCCGAUAAUCUUUUUGGUUACAAUUAUUUAUCUUUUUCAGAUGGAUGGCCCGCUGUCUGA